GAUGUUAUAACUUAGGAACAGGCUUACCAAAUUAUAAUCUGCCGUCUUCAACGAUUGUCUUGUAUCAUUAAUGAAAUCUGGUAAUAAACCCCACGUGCCGCUCAUUAACGUGUUAGACAAAUGGGAUGGAUGUACUAGUACAAGAAAAGAGCUGCACAGUGGGUGGAAUCUUGUACCAAUUUUCUUCGACAAUGGGAUUACCAGUUUUAUGGUAUCUUGAAUGAUCGGGAUACAUAGAUAGAUCAAUCGAAGAAGACCAUAAUCAGAUCAAGACGAGACAUCUUUAAGCAUUCGGUUGAUAUAGUUCGUGCUUGAGAAAUACCGUCAAAGAGAGCAAAACACAUAGUGAUAUCAACACUUAACCUAAACUCGGUAAACUCAAAAAUCAUAUCGCAACCAACCAAAGAAAGUAGCACCAAGCACACCUUCGACUCAUCUGAACCAAUCAUGACCAUGGCUAUUGAACACGAAAACGUCAUAAACAGCCUCCUGGGACUGGGAGUCGCUCGAAGACUACCCAACAUAGUGAAUAUUGAAUCUGGGAUUUUGUACAUGGUGGUGGUCAGGCUCUAUAUGAAUGAAAUUGCUCUGAGUUGAAAAGGCAAAGAGAGUCGAGGCAUAACAUUUUUUUGUCUAAGGAGAGUUGAAGAAACAAAACCCCAAGAAAUCACAGAGCAGCCGACACCUACCAAUCGGAUAAGACACCACCAUCCACUUUUCGAAGAACGACCAACGGGUAGAAGAAACGAUGAAUGGAUUCAUCAUGGACGACGAACCCCACCAACUUGGGAGAUGACCACCCACAAGAUCUGACAGUAGCCCAAACUUCAUAAUCCAACCCAAUAGGAGAACAAAGCCAGAAAAGAAGAACCCUAUAACCAGUGACGACGGGAGGGAGGCCUUGACCCUUGAGGAGAGGGUUCGAGGACCACACCUGGCAAAAAAUGGGGGGGGGGGGGGGGACUUUUAGAUAUAUAUGGUUUAGUAUGAUCUUUCAAGUUUAAUUAGGACCUAUACUCUCGUCGAUGCUAGCUCACCUAAGAACCCCCAAUCAAUUCAAAGUUGGUAUUAGUUAUACUUUAAACAUCGCAGUCAAUUCAAAAUGUGGAUACACCACUGCCAAAAACAAAAAUUGACAUCUCUUAACAGCAAGCACGCUUCGAGAAGAUGAAAUAACAACACAAUACAAUGGCAAAGCGUCAUAGAAAUGCAAAUCUAUCGCAUAAGGGUCAUGAACGCUACAUACAUACAUAGUGUCGUGCAAUAGCAGACACAAAUUUGACUGAAUGUGUAUUGUAGAACCACUUCCACCGCCAUAUGAGAAUACGUCACGUGAUUGCGUCAAAAAAGCACAACGAUCUCGUUACGUAUACAAUGAUGAGAUAAGGUCAAGAAUGUAAGCCCACUUGCGAGGGAGAUUCCUCGUAGCAUACUAAUAAGCAAGCACAAUUGAUCCUCAUCGGUUAUUAAUGCCCCCACAAUAAAAAUCUGCGACAAUCGAUUACAAAGAUUAAUACAAUCCACUCAAAUAAUGUAUCACCGACGUGUACAUAACCCAUUUUAUGUCAUGGUUAAUAAUUUGAUAACUAAAGUCAUAAAUCAAAUUAGGCUAAUCAAACACCCAAUCCCCAUCACGAACAUGAAUGUUGGAGUCGAGCAAGAGGAGUGAAGUUCGAAGGUAAAUAAUAAUUUGUUUUCCUAACUUCCUUAAUCCUUAUGGGGACAAAAGGAGAAUGUGGGUUGUCUUAAUCACCAAAUGAAUAGACUAGUACAAGUAAACGAGUGUAAAACGUAACAACCUUAACACUAAAAAUUAUAUAUAUAUUUUCCUGACCAAUGUGACCCAUCAUAUCCUAUCUCCAUUCACAUUAGUUAUCACAAAGAAAAUGAGAUAAAGAAAAAAAAAGAGGGACAAGAAACAAAAAGAGGGGAAUUGCCACAAAAAAAAAACCCCCAAAAUCCCAAUCAUGUCUUCUUCAUUUUGCCGUUAUUAGAAUAGUACUUUCACCUCAAUUCCCUUUCCCUCCAUUCUCUCCCGUUCUGCGAGCCAAAACUCACCUAAUCUCUCCCGCCAAAACCCCUAUUCUUUCCCUCCCUUUUUUUCUUCUUUCACACCCUCAAACUCCUUCAGCCACAAUAACAAAUUGGCGCCUAUUUUCCCCCCCCCUUUUCCGUGCUGUUGCAUUCCUUCAGUUUUCCCACCUCUUCAAUCCCUCCAUUUUAUUCACUUUCAAAAAUUUCCUACUUGAAUUCAGUUUUUGACGGGAUCUGGUCAUUAAGGUGGAAGCAAAUUUCGACUCGGACAAAAUCAUUUGCACGUUUAACUAACCGUAGAACCUAAUACGAAAACUAGUUUUAAUAAUCAACCUGAAUAUCACAUUCGACUGAUUCAACAUUGUCUACCACUUACCCACUCCCAAACUGACUGAGGAUCACAUGAGUAUUAACCGCGAUUAAUUCUACAAUGACAAGAGGCUUUUUGAAUUUGUACGGCCACUUCUCUAGUUUAUUGUAAACCAUAUUGAUAAUCGAACAAGUUUCUAUCAAUUCAAAACACAUUGAAUGCUAGUUCCAUUUAUGAUACUUCCUUGACAUGCAUGAUCAUCAUAUAUGAGCAACUUCACUUUCCAUCAUCUCACAUUCCGAUGGACCCAAAAAAUUUGUUUUUUUAAGAAAGCCGGGCAAUUAACGUCCUAAUUUGUUAAACUAAUCAAACGCUUCAUGGAUCCAAAUAUUUUGAACACCAAAAUCAAAUCUUUUUUUUCCAAAUUGGCAAAACCCUAGAAGGACCUAGGCUUGGCGGGAUGAUGGCUGCCUUUUUUCCCCCUUUUGGAGGUCAAAAAGAGUUUUCUCAUCUCACAAGGGCGUUAUGGUAAUUCUACGAAAACGAGGGCGCGCUAGGGUUUCCUCCCUCCAUUUAUAAACCUCUUUUUUGGAUCGCUGCCGUGCGGGCGUAUUAGUUGUAAUUGUCGGUUCGAUUCCCUCCCCUUUCUCUCUCAUUCUUCACUUCCCCCUCUGCCUCCAUUUUUUUCCCUCCCAGAUCAAAUUUCUGAUCAUCUGUUUGCCUCCGUAACCAUCAUCUGAUUCUCUGAUCAGUUGAUCUUCCCCCCUCGUCCAUUCCCCGUUCCCUUACAUCUCUCUUGAAUCCGAUCACGAUCACCUAAUUGGCUCGAUUUGAUCAUCUCCCUCCAAUUUUUUUUCUAGAUCUCUGUUCUUACAAGCUUCUACUUGAUUCACUACCCAGCUCGAGUUCAGCCUCUAAUCAGGGAACUUGAGAGCUACCCACUUCAUCUCGCAGCCAUUCCCGACCUGGGUUGCUGUUAGAUCUGCGAGUACACCCGUCACAAAAUGAUCGAUCCGAGUGACAAAAUGCUGGAUUACGCCGACGAAGGCAGCCGGAGAUCCUCGCCGGGAGGAGAAGACAGUCCACAGAAGAAGACAUGCGCCGAUUGCGGAACAAGCAAAACCCCUCUCUGGAGAGGCGGCCCUGCAGGUCCCAAGUCUCUUUGUAACGCUUGUGGGAUCAGGAGCAGGAAGAAGAGAAGAGACAUACUAGGGUUAAACAAAUCGUCAUCCAACGAGAAGAAAUCAGCCGCGAAGAAGACCCUAACCCAUGGCGGCGGCGCUGCCGGAGGGCAUCACGACCACAACAGCAGCAGCAAGUUGGUGGGAAACGGGUUGAAGUCGAGAUUCGUGGCGUUGGGAAGGGAGGUGAUGAUGAAGCAGCAGCAGAGAUCGAAGGUGGAGAAGCAGAGGAGGAAGCUUGGGGAGGUAGAGCAAGCGGCGGUUCUGUUGAUGGCGUUGUCUUAUGGCUCUGUUUAUGCCUAAUCAUUGUUGGUUUUUUUUUUGUCUGUCUUAAUUUAGGGGGUUUGGGUAAUUAAUAAGCAAGAGCCCAAAAAGGAUCAGGGAGAGGAAAUUUGUAUUAGCUGACCAAAUUUGAGAUUAGUAGAGGUUUAGUGAGUUGGGUUUGGGUUUUAAUGUGUAAUCCAUAAGUUUUGAAGGGUGCUAACUUUAUUUGAUGAUUGUUGUUGUUAGGGUUUGGGUGGAUAGUGAAAAGGAAAAGGGAAGAAAUGUGGUGGGUGGGGUGGUGGUGUUGAAUUGAAGAGGAGCAAAAAGAAGAAAAAAUGUUGCAAUGAUUUUUAUAUAUUCAAUUCUAUUCUAUUCUAUUCUAAUCCAUUGGGAAAAUGGUGUUUUUUUUAUAUAUUAGAAAUUUGUUGUUGUUGGUUUAACAACUGUGGUGAUGGCGAUGGGUCUUUGGUUUGUUGGUUGUCGGAUACCUUUUGCGCCAUUGUUGCCAAAGGUUCUAUUAUGCUCUCUUAACUUUGGCAAUUGACACUUAUCUUAAUUUGGGGUCAAUCUAGCCCUAAAUCCUUGAAUGACAUAAAUUCUAAUCGUGUGAUAUGUAGUAUGGAUUGGGACUUUGUCGAUGCUUCAUGGUGAAUCUUUGUUCAUAGGAGUUGGGUUGCCAACUAGUUAUUUAAAUGUCUUGAUAGGGUAUAUUAACAAUUCCUAAGGCAAAGUCCUAGCUAAAGACACAAGGAAGAAAAGAAGACAAAAGAGCAAAAGGACAAGGCCAAGAGACAAGGCCAGACACCUGACAUCAGCAAAGUCAAGGUGCAGGGGGACACCCUCUGCCAAAAAGUACAAAUGUACAGUGUCAGAGUUUGAGGCCCCCGACCACAGCAUUUAUGGCUUGGCAGGCGCCCAGACCACUACCUAACCCCAGAUGUGUAUAAAUAGGAGUUCUCUCCUCAUAAAUGUCAAUCUAUCUACUCUUACUCCAACUUCUCUCUACUUUCUCUCUCUAUAUACUUCUUCUCUUUUCUUACUUCUGCCGAGGCGGGGCUCCUACCCCCUCAAAGUCAUGUCUGACGCCCCAAACCCCUUGGACCCGAGUGACGCCCAGUCGCCCGGGCUCAAACAUGUCUCAAUUUCUUUGAUGAAGUAAUUAGUUAAAGGGGAAAUAGUCACUACUUUGGAUAGUGAUGACGAUUUAGACCUAUCCCGACAACUAUUCUUUCACUUGUUUUGUAAUAGAGCGGGUAAUACUUGAUCUGGACAUGAAUGGCGAAUGAGACUAGUCAUUCCCCAACCUACAUAUGGUGUAAGGCAUGUAUGGGUACAACUAAUGCCUUGGACCAUCUUACUUCAUAUAAUAUAAUUUAAUCUUUAUGAUAUUGCGGAAAAAUAUUUAUCCCAAUGUUGUUAGGCUAAGUGACUUGCAAUUAAAUAAAAAAGGUUAUUGAUUUCUUAGGUAUUUAGUAUUAUAAUUUCAUUUAGACAUGAUCAAAGAGAUGAAUUUAGCAUAUGUAUGACUAAUGAAAUUGAUAGUUUAUAUAUUAAAACAACAAAAUAGCAAGUUAAGGAGGGGGAAAACUUUGAUCGGUUGCCAUUCUCGGUUCUAGGUAAAGAAACCAAGUAUUUCAUAUUAUAUUAAUGGAGUGUUUGGAAUAAGAUGAAUCAUGAAUUCCUUCAUUUAGGAUGUCAUAUUAAAAUCUUCAUUACACAUGAGUAAUCAUUAAAGAUUUCAUCUCUGUAGUCUAACUCAAAGAUAGUUGAAAUUCAGAGUAAGAGAUUCGUAAAAAUUUGAUGAAAAGAUUGGGUGCUUAGACCUAAGCCAACAUUGGCGUGUAGGAACUUUAUUCAAUUUGAAUCUUUUAUCAAACAAUGGCAAGUCAUUGUACUCUUGUGUUUCUACCAAUAAAAAUCGGAUAAAACU